CUAAGUAAUGCACUGAACUGGUAUUCCUGGUCUAAAGUUUUUAACCUGAAGGAGCUUACAUAUCAAUGUUUGAAGACCAUUGCCUGGAAUGCUGAAAAAUUUCUGACCUCAUCAGAUUGGCAGAAAAUGGACAUGGACUUUGUCUCCCAGCUGCUGGAGAACAGUGACAUUGUCACCCAGAACGAAUACAAUCUGUUCAAAGCUUUGUUGCAUUGGCUGGAGUCAGAAGAACGUAGGGAACACUUUCAUGCAUAUGCUAAGGAGCUGUUGCCCUUAAUCAGGUUCCCACAAAUGCAGGCCAAAGAGCUGCUCCUGGUUGAGCAGAAUGAUCUGUACCAGGACAAAGAGUUGGGACCUUUACUGAAGAAGCUCAUGGGCAUGGCUUACAGAUUUCAUGUCUUUUGCCGUCAUCAGACUGAACUUGUUGUGUCCUUUGCCCAAGAUUUUUACCAACCUCGAAACUAUCUUGAUCUUGCUGUUGAUAAUGUUCACAUACAGAGAAAUAUGAGAGAUGCUGCAGAAAUAGAUGUAAAAAUUUAUGGCGGUUUAGCAUUCUUAGGUUCGUAUGAUGGCGAUUGGAAAGUAUAUUACAAGAAGUACAAGGAAGCUUGGGUUGUAAAUACCCAAUGUUACAAGACAGCUUCACAGGUAGGGGCAGCCCAAGUACAGUGCGCACUAAUCAUCACCAACAAAGAUGACCAGGUGCUGCAGGUGAAGGAGUCUGAGGUUACUGUCAGCGCCCGAGGGGCCCAUCUCAAUGUUCAAGCAGUACUUAACAUGGACCUGUCUAAGAGCAUGGCUGUUCUUUUCAAACCUAUACCCAAGUAAAUGGGAUUUUGAAGUAUACAAAGAGAUGUAAUAUUAUUUAAAUUGUUCUACUGUUUGAUUCUUUGUUUAACUGUAAAAUAUUUGUUUGUGGUACUUAGGCAGAAAAAUUGCAAAUGUAAUUCAAAUGUGUAUAUAUAUGGUUACAACCUUUGUCUUUUCUAGGGGACUACACUCUUACAUGUUAAAAUUGUAAGUUAUGACUAAAUUGACUUGUUUAUCAAGACUUAGACUUGACUUGAAAAAAAAAAAAACACUUGAAAACUACUAUACAGUUUACAGUUUCUUUAUCGGACUUGGACACCAAGCAUACAUGAUUAUUGCAGCCUCUCCAGAACUUUUAACUUAAUUUAUACAUUUUUAAAUGCAUAAUUGUCCAUUUGUUUAAUUUUUUUUUUGUUCUUUACCCAUUGAAAUUGCUCACUGCUUUCUAUUUAUAUUUUCUGUUUAAUUUUAACCCUGAUAUUACAUGGAGAUGCUGUGGCUGAGUGGUAAAGAGUUUGGUUUUUGAACUGAGGUCUUGGGUUCGAAUCCUGAUGAAGACUUGAAUUUUUAAUUCUGGGAUCUUAGGAUGCCUCUGAGUUGGGGGAAAGUAAAGGUGUUGGUCGUUGUGCUGGCCACAUGACACUCUCCUUAUGGAACUCUCCUUAACCGUGGGUCACAGAAACAGAUGACCUUUACAUCGUCUGCCCUAAAGAUCGCUAGGUCUGAAAGGGGAACUUUACUUUGCUUUACUGACAUUACGCAGAAUUUUCUGUUUAAAAGACUAAAGAGUUUGAUUUCUGACUGACUGAAACUGAAAAUAUUAGACUAAAUGUUAGCUGAGAUGUUUUUCUAAGCCUUGUGGAUCACUCUUACAGUUCUGGGUUUUUUAUAGAGCUUUUUUUUUUUUUUUCAUUGGUCACUUUAAAUUGUCUGAAUUUCUGAAGUUAAUGGUUAAAAAUAUUUUAAAGAACUGCUCAUUAUAAUGUGCCUUUGUCUUAUUUUACAUUUUAAUUAAACUGUAACAUUUUUAAAAAA